AAAACCAAGACGAAAGAAGAAGACAAUACACCAUUUUUUAGGGCUCUUCCCCUGUGCCCGCGAUGGAUGCCCUGAGAUCGCUGCACGAGGGUCGGAUCCUCCGCGCCCUCUGGCAGACUUGUGUCUAUGGCGCCGUGCUGCUGCUGCGGAUGAUUCUCCGCGUACUAGACGCCUCCCAGCUACCGCUGCGCCGAUUCCUCUGCUUCUUGAGCAUCCAUGCCUUGUGCGAGCCGUCGUCCCCGUGCUGCGAGCUCCUCCCCGGAUGGAAAAACCCUUUGCUGCCGCCGCGCAUCGGCAGGAGCGAUCAAGAGCUCACGGUGAUUCUAGAUUUGGACGAGACGCUCGUGUGUGCCUACGAUUCGGCUGGUUUGCCGCCAGGCCUCCACUCCCGAGCAGUGAAUACUGGAAUGACGUGGUUCCAGCUCGAAUGCUUAGCGGCGGACAAGGACAAGGAGGGAAACGUGAAGAUCAAUUGCGUCAUGGUUUAUGAAAGGCCUGGGUUGAGAGAGUUCCUGGCGAGAGUGAGCCAAUUCGCGGAGCUUGUUCUCUUUACUGCCGGACUCGAAGGAUACGCUAGACCGCUUGUAGAUAGGAUUGAUCCCGAGAACAGGAUCUCCGCGCGGCUGUACAGACCGGCCACUCUGGUUACCAAGUACAGGGAGCAUAUCAAAGACCUGUCACGCCUAGGCCGAGACUUGCGAAGAACAGUGAUUAUUGACAACAAUCCCUGCAGCUUCAUCCUGCAGCCUUCGAAUGGAAUACCGUGCGUACCAUUCACAGCCGAAAACCCCAACGAUUCUCAGGUAUGUAGAACUUCGUCUUCCUUUCUUGUCAUUGAUUUUCUUCUUGCUUCUUGCGUAGUAGUUGCUCGACGUGCUUCUCCCGCUGCUGGAACUGCUAGCAGCACAAGAGGACGUGCGACCCACUCUGAAAGAUCGAUAUGAGAUGGCGGCCUGGUUCCAUAGCCGGGGCAUUCUCGUUACCAGGCGACGGUGUUGACGCGCACAGCUUAUUGCCUCCUGGGCAAAUACACAAAAGGUGAAGUUAUCUGUGUCUUCUCUAUAGUGGCAGACAAGAGAGUGUGCAACACCUUCUUCUCCGGAUCAAUCCAAUCCGUCUCUUGCGAGUU